AUGUCUGAAAACGCACCAAUCAGCCAUCAAGUCUCUGUUGCCCUUCGAUCUAUCCGAAGUGGUAACUAUACGUAUGCGUUCGACAUAUGCAACUCGCUGCAAUGGGGUAUGGGCUUGAGUAGAUUCACUCGAGCACGCUGCCUCUUUAUCCUGCUCCUCCUGGCUCCUCUGUUUCCAGUCAGAGUGCCAGAUCCUAUAGAGCUAGCGGAUCGAUUGUAUCACGAGCUCAUCAACAUCAAGAAACACGAGCGUGGCCGGCGAAAUGAGGUCGUCAGCUUUAUGAAGAACCACGUCAUCCUGGUGAUAGGAAUAGGGGGCAUUCUGAUACAAUACAAUAUCAAAAGGUGGGCUAGAAAGAUUGAGCCUGGAGCUAGUGCUGAGAAGAAAGCGAAGGUGAAGGCGAUGAAGGAAGUCAAAGGAAAGAAUGAGGAUGAUUCGCACCAGACAGAAGCAGACCAGGAACAGAUUCCAGUACCAAGUAAAGACGAUCGGAGAGAUUCAGUCUCAGAUGAUGAAGGUGUGAAGCUUGGCCUUGGUGACGAUCUGCCAGUACCUGAUGAGGACGAGAAGACAUUGGCAGGACUACGCGAGAAAGGCUCGCUGAACUAG